AUGGUCAACUCUCGUUGUGGCUCCGUCUGUUCUGACGAUGGCUGUGGCCAAGGCCUCUGCCAGGAGACCUGCUGCCAACCCAGCUGCUGCCAGACCACCUGCUGUCAGACCACCUGCUGCCAGACCUCUUGCAGCCGCCCAACCUGCUGCCGCCCAGUCUGCUGUCAGACCACCUGCCGCCCCAGCUGUGUUGUGUCCAGCUGCUGCCGCCCAGUCUGCUGUCAGACUACUUGCCGCCCUAGCUGUGGUGUGUCCAGCUGCUGCCGCCCAGUCUGCUGUCAGACCACCUGCCGCCCCAGCUGUGGUGUGUCCAGCUGCUGCCGCCCAGUCUGCUGUCAGACCACCUGCCGCCCCAGCUGUGGUGUGUCCAGCUGCUGCCGCCCAGUCUUCUUUCAGACCACCAGCUGUGGUACAACUUGCUGUCGCCCCAGCUGCUGUGAAACCUCCUGUUGA